AUGUCCCUCGUGCGGCCAAUGACUCCGAUGGAUCUACUCAAAUUCAACCCCUGCAAUCUGGACCAUCUUACCGAAACUUAUAACAUAUCCUUCUACCUGGAAUACUUCACCAAAUGGCCUAACCUCUGCAAAGUAAUCGAAAGCGAGACUGGUCAAAUCGAAGCCUACAUCCUAGGCAAAGUAGAAGCUUCGCCCUACCCAGCCCCAGUGGAACCCUAUGAUCCUGGUUUGAAGAUUUAUCAGAAGAAAUGGUCGAAUUACUUACCCUGGCAUGCUCAUAUCACGUGUCUGACUGUUGCGCCGUCGGCUCGAAGACUGGGGCAUGCCACGAAGUUGUCUGAGGCGCUGGAGCAGGCGGGCGAUGAGCACAAUGCUUGGUUCGUGGAUUUAUUUGUCAGAGUGGAGAAUGAGGCUGCUAUCAAACUGUAUAGGAAGAUGGGCUAUUCUGUUUACCGGAGGAUUACUGAUUACUAUAACGAUGGCAGUGAUGCCUUUGAUAUGCGGAAGCCGCUGAAGAGAGACAAGCAGCGUAAGACGGUCAGGGCGAAUGGUGAGAAUAUCAAGGUCGACCCUUCCGAGGUCUGGUGA